UUGUCAAAGUAAAACAAAAAUAAUUAAAAAAACGAACAUGUGAAUUUUGUUUUUCUUGCCUGCUUGUGCCGAUUGCAGUGUUCAACUAUUUGCAGCAACUUAAUAAUUUAAUACUCGACGAAUAACAAACUUUAUUAAUUCCAUACGGCUUCACAUCUCUACCAGCAUAAAAUGUUACUAAAAACAAUUUUCAACAGAGCUUCAUUCAGAUGUCUGUCAACAUUGCCCGUUCCGGAACCGACCACAGCAGUUUCCAAUAAAGCCAAUGAUGUUCUUAAGCAUCCGGAUUAUUUUGGAAUUCACCGGCUUUUCACGGUGGAAGAUUUAUUCAAAGCGAACAUUCAUCUGGGUCACAAAGAAGGGACGUUGCACAGUAAUAUGAAGGGUUACCUGUUCGGUAGCCGACUGGGGUAUUGCAUAAUCGACUUGGACAAAACGGCAGAAUACUUGCGGCUUGCCUUAAAUGUAACGGCCCAUAUUGCUUACCGGGGCGGAGUCAUUCUUUUUUUAAAUCGAAAUGCUCAGACCGGGCAUAUAGUUGAGAAAACUGCAAUGGAAUGUGGAGAAUAUUCUCAUACACGAUUCUGGCGAGGAGGUGUUUUUACCAACGCGAACGUACAAUUUGGGGCAGUAACGCGGCUUCCUGAUUUGUGCAUUUUCUUCAAUACCCAGAAUAACAUUCUGGAGAUGCACAAUGCAGUUAAGGAUUCCGCCAAAAUGGCUAUACCGACUAUUGGUGUUGUUGAUACCAAUUGCAAUCCCAAUCUUAUUACGUAUCCUGUUCCCGGCAACGACGAUAGUCCGUCGGCUAUUGAACUAUACUGCAAGCUAUUCAAAAGUGCAAUUCUGCUGGGAAAAGCCAAAAUGAAGGAGGAUGCUGUAAACAACUAGGUAAUUGGGAUUGUUGUUAAAUAGAGGAAUCUACGAACAAA